AUGGCGGAUGAUGAACAACCCACGGAGGGACAAGCGUUCAUGAAGGAUAUAGUGGGUGCGAUGGACUUCCCCGCCGAAGAAGAGCUUGUCGCGGCGUCCUGGGAGGAAAACGACACGUUCAAGGAGACUCUCCGGCUCAGCGAGGGCAGGCCCGACUUCACCUUUUAUGAUGGUCCGCCCUUUGCGACCGGUCUCCCUCACUACGGCCACAUCCUUGCGGGCACGAUCAAGGAUGCGGUCACCCGGUAUGCCCACCAGUCGGGGCACCACGUCUCGCGCAGGGCAGGGUGGGACUGCCACGGCCUCCCUGUGGAGUACGAGAUAGACCAGUCUCUCGGGAUCAAGCACCGCGACCAGGUCCUCGAGAUGGGCAUCGAGACGUACAACAAGCACUGCAGGAGCAUCGUGACUCGGUACUCGAAGGAGUGGGAGCGCACGAUCAAGCGCCUGGGGCGAUGGAUCGACUUCGAGAACGACUACAAGACCAUGGACCCCUGGUUCAUGGAGAGCGUGUGGUGGGUGUUCAAGAGCCUGGUGGAGAAGAACCUGGUGUACCGAGGGUACAAGGUGAUGCCGUUCUCCACGGCCUGCGCGACCCCGCUCAGCAACUUCGAGGCCGGCCUUAACUACAAGGACGUCCAGGACCCCGCGGUGGUUGUGGCCUUCCCUCUCAAGGACGAUCCCGAGGUAAGCCUGCUUGCCUGGACGACCACACCUUGGACCCUCCCGUCCAACCUGGCCCUUUGCGUCAACAAGGCCUUCGACUACGUCAAGCUAAGGGACGUCAAGAGCGGGAAGGUGUACUACUGCGGAGCGGACCGUCUUGUUCAGUUGUACCCUAUCAUGGCCACGAAGAAGUACAAGCCGGCCAUGAAGGCGGAGCUAAUGGAGGAGCUGGGUACCGUCAAGGGUUCGGAGCUGGUGGGCCUGAAGUACGAGCCGAUGUUCAAGUUCUUCGCGGACCGAGAGCAGUCGUUCGUGGUCUGCGAAGACAACUACGUGACCAACGAGAGCGGUACGGGUAUCGUGCAUCAGUCACCGGCAUUCGGUGAGGAUGACUAUCGUGUCUGUUUGGCACACGGCGUCAUCGCCAAGGGCGAAGAGAUCCCGUGCCCCGUUGACUCGAACGGGUUGUUCACGUCUGAGGUGGGGGAGUAUGCGGGUCAGUACGUGAAGACGGCGGACAAGGCCCUGUGCGACGAGAUCAAGGCUAACGGCAGGCUUGUCUCCAAGGACAGUUGCACGCACAGCUAUCCCUUCUGCUGGAGGUCGGACACCCCUCUCAUCUACAAGGCGGUACCUUCCUGGUUCGUGGGCGUCGAAUCCAUCCGCGACAAGCUUCUCAAGGCCAACGCCGAGACGUACUGGGUGCCCGCCUUCGUGAACGAAAAACGCUUCCAAAACUGGCUCGAAGGUGCGAAGGAUUGGGCGGUGUCACGGAAUCGAUUCUGGGGGACCCCGAUGCCCAUGUGGGUUAGCGAGGACGGCGAAGAGAUGGUGGCCGUGGGCUCCAUCGCCGAGCUCAAGGAGCUCUCCGGGGUAGAGGUGACCGACCUCCACAGAGAAUCGGUGGAUCACAUCACGAUUCCGUCCAAGCAGGGCAAGGGUGACCUCAAGCGAGUCGAAGAGGUGUUCGACUGCUGGUUCGAGUCGGGGUCGAUGCCGUACGCUCAGCUGCAUUACCCUUUCGAAAACAAGGACAAGUUCGAGAAAAACUUCCCCGCAGACUUUAUCGCCGAGGGGCUUGAUCAGACUCGCGGUUGGUUCUACACCCUGACGGUGCUCGGCGCGGCCCUUUUCGACAAGCCGGCCUUCAAGAACCUGAUCGUGAACGGCCUGGUGUUAGCCUCCGACGGGAAGAAGAUGAGCAAACGCCUCAAGAACUACCCCGACCCAAUGAAGGUGAUCGACUCCCACGGCGCGGACGCCCUCCGGCUGUACCUCAUCAACUCCCCCGUUGUGAGGGCGGAAUCCCUCAAAUUUAAGGAGGAGGGGGUGCAGGCGACCGUGCGUGAGGUACUGCUGCCGUGGUUCAACGCCUUCCGGUUCUUCGUACAGCAGGCCCGUCGGCUGGAGAUGACGUGUGGCGAUCGGUUCGUUCCCAAUCCCGAGGCGGCCGCGAAGUCGACCAACGUCAUGGACAACUGGAUCCAAGCCACACUUCAGGGACUGGUACAGUUUGUUCACACAGAAAUGAAGGCGUACCGGCUCUACACGGUCGUCCCUCGACUGGUGGAGUUCAUCGAGCAGCUUACGAACUGGUACGUCCGCCUCAACCGGAACCGCCUUAAGGGCGCGGAGGGGGCUGAGAGCGCCACGGCAGGACUGUUUUGUAUGUACGAGGUGCUGUCGACGAUGUCGGUCCUUAUGGCCCCCAUCACCCCCUUCUUCUCGGAGUACACCUACCGCCACCUUCGUGAGUGCCACCCGGACAAGGACGGCGGCAAGGACGUAGCCGAGGAUGCUCCCGGCCGCGCGAGCUCGGUGCACAUGCUCAUGAUGCCGGAGGUUGACGAGUCGAGGCUCGACCCCCAGGCGGAGUCGGACAUGCGAGCGAUGCAGACGGUCAUUGACCUUGGCCGCUCUGCCCGUGAGAAGCGGGGCAUAUCUCUCAAGACACCGGUCAAGGGUAUCACGGUGGUGUGCAAGGACGAGGGCACCCUGAAGGCCCUGGAGAAGCUGCAGGGCUACGUGAAGGGCGAGCUUAACGCAUGGGAGGUUGUGCUGGAAGCGGACGAGAAGUCGUGGUGCACGCUAACGGCAGAGGCCAACAACAAGGUCCUCGGCAAGCGGCUAGGGAAGGCCCUCGAUGGGGUGAAGAAGGCCUUGGUCAAGCUCGACACGGCCGCGCUCUGGCCACUUCUCGAGGGGGGCACCGUAGAAGUGGCGGGACAUACCCUCUCCGCCGACGACCUGAUGCUGAAGAGAGGGUUCAAGGGAGACACGAGCGUCUUCCAGGCCGCCGUGUCGGAGGACGGGAAGGUGAUGGUGGUCCUCGACACGCGCAAGGACGAGAAGGUCUUGUCGCAGAAACUCGCUCGAGAGAUCGUCAGCCGCAUCCAGAAGCUCAGGAAGAAGUCCGGCCUCCAAGUCGGCGAAACAGUGGAGGUGUUCUUCCAGGACGACACCAAGGACGGCGUCGCGGGGGCAGCGGUGGCCGCCAACGCCGCUCUCGUCGCGGACGCCGUUCGAUGUAUGCCGCUGCCGGCCUCGAGGAUGCCGGAGCACGCCGUCCCGCUGGGGCACGAGAGAUUCUGCGCGUGCGGGGGGGACGACGGCAAGGGAGAAGAGGCCGCCGCCGACCAGGAGCCUGAUUUCACGGUGUUCUUGACACGGCCCUGCUUGUCGGUGGACCACGAGGCGAUGGACGCAAAGUGCGUCGCUGCGAAGGUUGAUCCGGCCGUCGCGAGGCAGCUGCUGGCAUCGCUCGACUACGACCGCGUUCGACGAGAAGGGAACGCCACGACGGUUUUGACAGUCGGAGAGGCGUGCGUGACGGUGGAUCUCGGGGCGGACUACUUCCUCGACGCGCGAGAGGCCCUGCGGAAGCGAUGUCCGGAGGACAUGAAAUGGGCGUUGUGAUUGAAGAAAUUGCGGGAGAUGGGGCGUGAUGCUUCGUACUAGUUGUGUUACCGUAGAGUAGCUCACUCACCCAGCCGUGUGUUCGCUGCCUUAGCACGUGUGAGAUCUCGUCUAUCGGUUUUUCCUGUCGUGCGGUUCGGACGCGGCUACGCGGACGAGGGUGCGCGAUGGCUGUGUUUCGUCUCUCGGUGGACGUGCGAGGGGUGCCGGUGUUGUCCAUCCAGUCAUUUUCACCAGCUCGCGAGUAUGGUUUGUACACAUGCAUGUGCGACGGUGGUGUAUUGUUUCUGGCGUUGCUACCGCCGUUGUUGAAGAUUGUUUUUUGGUGUUGCAGGUAUAUCAUUUGGGUGUGUGGGUAGAUGUAAUAGUGAGCUGUGGCGGCAGGCACCAUUCCC